CCUGAUCAAUAAUGGCUGUUGAAGAAAUAAGUGAGGGAUGACGCACGUCUACCCUACCAUUAUUAUUUGUCUAGCCAGCCCAUAUUCUCAUCGCAAAAUUUGGCCAGAAGAAAGGUGAUAUCAUACCGAUCCUCCACUUCUCACUUCAUCUCUCUUGUUUUUCUCUGUUUCCACUGCUACCCGAAACAUGGCUGAGGCACUCAUUUCCGUGCUUCUCGAAAAACUGGCUUCCGUAACUUACGAAUACGUCGGAGAAGAGGUGAAGCUGGUUUUGGAUGCGGAUAAAGAUGUUAAAGAAUUCAAGGCCAAACUCGAAGUGAUUCGUGCUGUGCUUGAGGAAGCGGAGCAAAGGCAAGUGAAUCCGAAGGAGGCCAACGUGAGAAUUUGGCUGGAGGAGCUGAAAGACGUAUCGUACAAGAUGGACAAUGUGCUGGAUGAGUGGAACACUGAAAUACUCAAACAACAAGUUGAGAAGCAAGAAGAGCACGGUGGAAGUACUUGUCUUGUUACUGAGAUGAUAAAGGCGGUAUGUUUCUCUAUUCCCUCCUCUUGCUUUUGUUUCGGCCAAGUCCGUCAGAUAAUUCAUCAUCAUGAAAUUGCUCAUAAGAUCAAAAGUCUGAAUGAAAAUUUAGAUGAGAUUGCUAAGCGCAGAGGAGACUUUCAAUUCAGAGAGAGAAUGAUCAUUGAACAACCUGAGCGACACGAAACUACUUCUUUUGUUGAUGCAUCUGAGAUAUUUGGUAGAGAACAACAAAAGGAGGUUUUGGUUAGCAAGUUGUUGAACGAGAGUAGUCAAAAAGAGAGCGGUCUCCUUGUCAUCCCUAUUCUUGGGAUGGGAGGAAUGGGCAAGACAGCUCUGGCCCAAUUGGCUUUUAACGAUAAGAAAAUUGAAGAUUAUUUUGAUGUCAAAGUAUGGGUUUGUGUUUCGGACCCUUUUGAUGAGAUCAAAACUGCCAAAGCCAUCAUUUCUGGUGCCAAAGGUGACAGCUCAAAUUUAAACACUUUGCAAGAUUUGUUUCAGCGUAUGUCAGAAUUAAUUGAGGGAAAGAAGUUUCUCCUUGUCCUAGACGAUGUGUGGACUGAAGACCAAAGAAAGUGGGAGAAAUUGAAGUUACCAUUAAAACAAAGUGGCGCCAGUGGCAGUAGAAUAUUGGUGACCACUCGAAAAGAGGAGGUUGUUCGUAUGAUUGGAGCUGUCACUCAAAAGAUCGAUUUGGAGAGGUUGAGCGAACCAGAUUGUUUGGCAAUAUUCAACCGCAUGGCAUUUUUUAGUAGAGAUAAGGAUAGUGUGUUGGAAUCCAUUGGUGAAGAAAUAGCAAAAAAGUGCAAGGGUUUGCCUCUUGCUGCAAAGACCAUGGGUAGCCUCAUGCGUUACAAGCAAACGAGGAAAGAAUGGCAGGAAGUUUUGAACAGUAAGAUAUGGGAGCUAGAAGAGGUUGAGCAACAAGUUUUCAAACCACUAUUACUGAGUUAUUUUGAUUUGGCACCUGCGGUCAAACGAUGCCUUUUAUAUUGUGUUAUCUUUCCAAAAGAUUAUUUGAUCUAUAAAGAUUAUUUGAUUGAGUUGUGGAUGUCACAAGAUUAUCUCUAUUCGAAAGGAAACACAGAGAAGGAAAUAAUUGGCCAAAGGUGUUUUGAUAAUUUAGCAAUGCGGUCUUUCUUCCAAGACUUCCAAGAAGGCAGAGAUGGAAAUAUCUGGAGGUGUAAAAUGCAUGAUAUUGUGCACGACUUUCUGCAGUAUCUUACUCAACAUGAAUGCUUUACAAUGGAGGUUAAGGGUGGUAACAAUACAAUAAAGCCCUUGGGUGAUAAGAUCCGCCAUUUGACCUUAAUGCUUGCGCCCGAAGGUCCACUCUCAUGCGUUUCAUUUUCCAGCUGCGAUCUACGUACUCUUGCAAGUUUUGAUUCAAAAUUCACCAUCGUGGACUCAACUUUGAUGUUGCAAUUGAAACAUCUUAGGACAUUGAAUUUGAGUGGUAAUUCUAUUGAAGUGCUUCCAGAAGGGAUAGGUGAAUUGGUGCACCUGAGGUUCAUUGAUUUGUCUAAAAAUAGAGGUUUGAAAAAGCUACCGAAUGGGGUGUGUAAUUUAUACAAUUUGCAGACGUUGCGCCUUGUUGAGUGUGAGAAACUUGAAAGUCUACCUCAGAGCAUGGGAAAGUUGAUUAACUUAAAGCAUCUGUAUGUUUGGGGUUGUCGUAAUCUGAAGUACUUGCCGAAAGGGAUUGGGAGAUUAACAAAUCUAAGAAGACUAGAUGGGUGCCCUGUUGGCGGUGGUAAAGACGACGAUGAAGCGUUCAAAUUGGGAGAUUUGAGAAACUUAGACCAACUUCGUGUUCUCAGCAUAGAAAUUGUUGGGGAUGUGAAAGUUGCUGCGGGUGAGCAUGAGAAAGCGUCACCCCUGGGGAACAAACAACAACUCUCAGAAUUGAGUAUAUCUUUUGAUUGGGAAGACAGGGAGAGAAGAAGUGCAGAAAUACUGAAUUUCUUACGACCGCAUCCAAAUUUGGAAUCUUUAUAUAUUGCAAGGCAUCAUGAAAGCACUGCCCCCAACUGGCUCAUGUCAUUAAACAAUUUGAGAUAUCUUACUCUUUAUGGAUGGGAAGAAUGUGAAGUUUUACCUCCUUUGGGAAAAUUACCGUCCCUCGAAAGACUGGCGAUUUGGAGUAUGAAAGGAGUAAAAAAGGUUGGAGUUGAGUUUCUGGGAAUAGAAAAGGAAACGUCAUCAGCAUCAUCAUGCAUUACUCUAUUCCCAAAAUUGAAAACACUCAAACUAUGGUACAUGGAAGCGUGGGAAGAGUGGAAAGGAGUGGAAGAGUGGAAGGAAGAGGAUUCUCAUAUUACCAUAAUGCCAUGCCUUUCUUCUUUACAGCUUCAGAGCUGCUUUCAGCUAAAAACACUGCCAGACUUCUUGCGGAAAACACCACUUCAGACACUAGACAUCAGAGCGUGUGGUAAUCUUACAAGAGGUUGCCGAAAAGGCAGAGGAAAGGAGUGGCCCAAGAUUUCUCACAUCCCCAACAUAUAUAUUGAUGGUAAACGCAUAGUGGAGGCAGAGGAUGCUGUUGAGUUACCUGAGAGGCCUUCCACUUCAGGCAUAGUGGAAACAGAGGAAGCUGUUUAGUUGCAUGAGAGGCCUUCCACUUGUGUUACAGGUCCCGAGUACAAACAAUGCUGCCUGAAAUAAACCGAAACCAUUACAUUGGAGCUGACUUUGGCUGGGUGCAAAAAUCAUCGAAAAGGUAAUCUCAAAAUUAAUUGGGGUGUUUAGUUUAUGCAUACAUGUAUUAUGAAAUAGUGCUAAUCAAAUACAGCUAAAUUUGCUUCAAUAUCAUCAAAUAUGCAUACACCCGGGGAAGGAAAUAAUUCAAAUAGAAUUGAGAUAACCUUUUGCAUGUUUGAACACGCGAAGAAUAUUAUGAGUUCUAGCAUCCCAAACUCGAACCACGCCAUCUUCUAAUCUAGAAAUCAAAUCAUUUCCAGAAAUGCCAUAUGCUAAGCAAGUAACAACUUUGCUGUUCAAAAGUCUAAAGUAUAAAGUUGUGAGUUAAAUGAGUUUUGCUCAUUCAAAAUAUACUAAAAUGAAUGUUCCUCAGAUUCGGUUCGCCAGAACGCAAGGCCUGUCAUAACUAAAGGUAGAAUGCAGGGUUCUUAAAACGUGCAACAAUCUUGGGCAAUUAUACUUUGAAAAACGAAAAAUACAAAUUUAAAAAUUAGACAAGUGUUAACCGAAGAAAACUCAAAAGGUUGCCUAUAGGAAAAGAGAGAAACCUGUGAUUCAAGAAACAAUCGAUGAUAUGCAAUCCAUUCUUGCUGUUAAGUGGGCUCUCAGCACUAGGUGCACCAAUAUUGUGAUUUGCAAUGGACUUGUAACUCCCAGUAUCGUGAUUUGCAAUGCUCUAGUUUUAUUUUAUUUUUAAUCCCAAAACUAUAUGCAAGAAAGUAACAAUUUAUAGUCACAAAAUUAUUGAAAAUCAUCGAAAAGGAAGAGUGCGGAAACAGGUAAUCUCAAAUUAAUUGGGGUGUUGUGUUUAUGCAUGCAUGUUUCGUUGACCUUUUCAAGUAUAAUGCAAAAAGCUCCAGACUUGUUUGAGGUCUCCGGUACAAGUCAGAACCAAGAAUACAACACAAAAGGUGAUCUUAAUACAACUUCCUAUA